AUAACAUUUUAAGUGCUAUAAACUGGUGAGUGUUACUAUGUAUACUGAAGAAGUGUUUCUUCAACACCUUCCUGUAUCUUUAACUCAUAAUAUCCUCAAGGCAUAAACACUGACAUUCUUUGAAACCAUGAAGACACAGAAUUUAUCUUGGGUACUUAAAAAAAUAUGAAAAAUAAAGGCUAGGUACUACAACAGACAAAUGAAAGUCUUUUCUCUAAAAAAUAUUGACCAAUCGAGUUAAGAACACAUGUAAAACUGACUGGGGUGUGCUUCUUCAGGAGACUUCCACGCAGCUAAAGCAUAUGCAAACCACAGUUUCAGCUACGUCAAUCUGCAACAUUUUAAAACCACACAAAAAGGACAGGAAACUUUAGUACAGCCAGCAACCGGCACUGCUCUUGCUGCUGCAGCUAACAAAACAACUCGUACUUCUCUGAAGACAAGGCGCUAGGUCAGCUCAGGCUGGAGAAAACACCCCAGUUCUAGAACGAUAAUCAAUCAACAAACUAUCCUAAUUCUCCUCUCCACGUUGCUGGGCAGGCGGUGGGGAGCUCGACACACACCAUGCUACUACCACCUGCAUAACAUUCGGAAUAAAAGCACCAAGGUCGAGAUCCCACCACCCCACAAAGGGACAAAAGGCAAAGUUGAAACAUCCUUCCUUUCCUUGAAAAUGAUGAACAGCUCGUCCUUCUGUCCGGUUUACAGAGACCUGGAGCCGUUCACCUAUUUUUUUUAUCUAGUUUUCCUCAUUGGAAUUAUUGGAAGCUGCUUUGCGACCUGGGCCUUUACACAGACCCCCGCCAGUCACAGGUGUGUGAGCAUCUACCUGAUCAAUCUGCUCACUGCCGACUUCCUGCUCACCCUGGCACUACCCGUGAAGAUUGCUGUGGACCUGGGCGUGGCCCCGUGGAGGCUGAGGAUAUUCCACUGCCAGGUGACAGCCUGCCUCAUCUACAUCAACAUGUACCUGUCGAUCAUCUUCCUGGCGUUUGUCAGCAUCGACCGCUAUCUCCAGCUGAUACGCAGCUGCAAGAUAUACCGGAUACAAGAGCCUGGAUUUGCAAAAAUGAUCUCAGCUGUGGUGUGGCUCAUGGUCCUUCUUAUAAUGGUCCCAAACAUGGUGAUCCCCAUCAAAGACAUCCAGGAGAAGUCAAACGUGGGCUGCAUGGACUUUAAAAAGGAGUUUGGAAGAAAGUGGCAUUUGCUGACCAAUUUCAUAUGUGUCGCGAUAUUUCUGAACUUCUCGGCCAUCAUUUUAAUAUCCAACUGCCUUGUAAUUCGACAACUCUACAGAAACAGAGAUAACGACAACUACCCGAACGUGCGCGGGGCCCUGGUCACCAUCCUCCUGGUGACCGCGGGCUACAUCGUGUGCUUCCUGCCCUACCAUGUGGUGCGGAUCCCGUACACCCUCAGCCAGACGGAGGUCAUCUCUGACUGCUCCACCAGGAUCUCGCUCUUCAAAGCCAAGGAGGCCACGCUGCUGCUGGCCGUGUCCAACCUGUGCUUUGACCCCAUCCUGUACUAUCAUCUCUCAAAAGCAUUUCGCUCCAAGGUCACUGAGACUUUUGCCUCACCUAACGGGACAAAGGCCCAGAAAGAAAAACCAAGGCGUGAAAAUGAGGAGUGAAAGACAGGCGUCUCAUGCUACUGCCUCCUGCCUUACUGGGCCUUCGAAGCUACUUGUGGUUUGGAAAGGUGGGGAAAAAAGGAAUCUUGGAAAUAAGAAAUACAGGCAGCAAGCAAAUGUGGAAGUCUCACGCAGAAACCCACUUCUAAAUGCAAGCCAAUCUCGCUCCGCUGCUGGUGUUGACACUAGUAAGUCCAGAUAUUUAUUCACACGAGAAAACCAAAAAGCGUUGUUGGACCAGUGUCCACCCUUGCAGUGUCCUUGAACUCGAGAAGUCCAGAAUAGACUCAGAAUUCACUGACAUAUCCAGAACUGACCUUUCCUGAAAACAUGUAAAAUAACCUCCCUGUGAAUUGCCAGGAAGUCCCUCAGCAAAACAACUUUAAAGGACUUCGGAUCACCUAAAAACUUAUACAAAACCACCUGUUGCCCGAUUUAUUUUUAAUUCAUCACUUUAAAAAAAAACAGUAAUCUUUCAGUCUGCUACUCCUCCAGUUUUUAACAUCUAAUGUUGUAAUAGCUAAAAAAUUCUAUUUAUAAAACAGUUUGCCAACUCGUGGAUAAUUUUUAAUGUGUUACAUGUGCUUAUAUUCAAUCUGCAGAUUACAAAGGCUUCCUACUAUUAGUAAUGAUAAAUC